AUGGUUAUUUUAGAAGACGUAUUUUUGAAGAAUAUUGUUUUAUACUUACCUACUUUUCAUGAUAUUUCAACUUUUAUUCGUAUUAAUAAAAAGGCAAAUCAAAUAAUUAAAACAUUAUUUAUUAAUCCAUACUUUACAUCAUUAAUAAAUUGUGAAAGUGAUAUUAAAUUAUUAAAAAUUUUAUUUUAUUUUCCUAUGAUACAAACAGUACAAGUUCAAUAUCAUGAUUUAGGUUAUAUAGAAUCAACAUUAAAAGGUAUUGAACAAAUUUUUAUUCAAUACCGAAUUGAUGAUGACUUAAGUCAAUUUAAUGAUAUGACUUUUCUAUAUCCCCGUUUAAUUAAUUAUAAAGGAGAUAUUAAAAAAAUUCAAAAUCAAAUGGAUAAACUUCAACGAAUAACAUUAAUUAAUAGCUCAACAUGUGACUUAAAAUAUAUUAUUAACCAUAUAUCAUUUUUUCCUCAUUUAAAACAAAUAACAAUUUGUCUGGAUUAUGGUAGUGAUACUAUUGAUAUAGAAAAAUAUAUUAAACAAUUAAUAGAAUUAAGUAUUGAUGUAAAUAUUAAUUAUGAAUCAAUUGAAGAUUUUGAAUUUAUUGAAUCUCUUAGAAAUAAAGUUCCAUCAUCUGUAAAACAUUUCUUUUAUUCAUUUUGUCCUUUUUCAGUUGUUGAUUCUUCGAUAUUUGUUUUUUUGAAUUCAAUUUCUUCAUACUUUUAUGAUAGUUAUUUAACAGAAAAUGCAUCUUCCUUUCAACAAUAUUAUUAUCCAAUGGAUUAUAAAGGAUUUUUAAUUGCUUCUUAUUAUCCUUUCAAUUCUUUAACUUCCUUAACAAUAAAAACACCUACUCCAACUAUUCCUACUAUUGGUUUAUCUCCUUCUUUAAUUGAACUUACUUUCCCAUCAGAUUUUAUUACUCCAAACCUUCCAAACCUUUCAACAUUAACUCAUCUUCAUUCAUUAUCAUUAGGAAUACUUAAAACACAUUUAAAAUUUCCAUUAUCACUUACAUCAUUAACAAUAAGUCAUUCAGAAACUUGUUUCGAAUGUCCUUCUAAUUUACAGGUAUUAAACUUGUCUUCUUAUACAAAAAAUUUUAAAAUAAAUAAAACACUUCAAAGUCUUUCAAUUAAUAAGUUAAAUAGUUCAAUGAAUAUUCCACAUACUUUACAAAAUCUUUCAAUUAAAUGUAUUGCAAAUAUAAGUUUAUGUACUUCAAUUACUUGUCUUAGUAUUUUUAUUGAAAAAGUUGUUGUUAUUGAUGACUUUUUUAUAGAAAUAUUUGGUAAAUAUAUAUUUAGAUAUCCUGUCCCUCCUUUAUUAAAACAAUUGUCUAUUUUGAAUUGUAGACGUGUUGAUGCAGUUACUUUACCUUCGUCUAUUACUUCUCUAAAUAUUACAAUGAAUGCAGAUAAACAAAUACCAAAAGAUAUUCCAAAAUUGUUAAAAAUUCCAAAAACUAUUCCAAAAGUUUCUAUUUUAUUUCAAUUUGAAAAUUUUCAAAGAUAUAAUAUUUUUCAUAAAAUUUUUGAAAAUAAUGCUCUUCAAGUUGUUAGAAAUAUUUAUAGAACUAUAAGUUCUAUUUCACUUGAGAGAUGUUCUUCUUGUGAUUUGGAAGAGUAA